AUGAUCAAGUACUUGGUAAUUGUCCUUUGCUGUACCCCUACUGCGUGCGCUGGCGCGACCGAUGACAAGGCAGUAAACGAGGCGACGGUGGCCUCGAAGAAAAUUGGCGCCGGGCUCGGCAUCGGAGGACUCGCCGGGGCCGCGGUCCUGCCGACGUUUCUCCUCGCCAUCGGCCUGACGCCCGCCGGGCCCGUGGCCGGUGGCUGGUUCGCCGCGAGCCAAGGGGCCGGCGUCGCGGCGGGCUCCUGGAUGGCGUCCUGGCAAUCCAUGGCCAUGUUCGGGAGCCUCGCCAAGAGCUUCGCUGUUGGCGCAGGCUUCACCGCCACCGGCGCGGGCGCCGGGGCGCUGACGGCGUCGAAGGCUGAGAUCGACGUCCGCUCCCUGACGCGGAAGAUCGCGGGCACGACGGCCGCCGGCGCCCGGACCGCCGCGGCCUACACGUGCGACAAGGCCGCGAAGGUCUACUCGUACGCGAGCGACACGCUCAGGGGCGACUAGUUCACACGACUGUUAAUUCACUACA